AUGCCAGAAUUACUAGAACCCAAAAAUCAAAAAAAAAUUAAUUGUUUGCUGAGUAUUCUUCAAAAAACCCAGCAAAUUUUAAAAGAAAAUAGCCAAAAAUCUAAGGCACAAAAACUGCUGCAAGAAAUUGAAAAAAAACGUCAAACUAAGGAAUUUAGCCCCGAACCAGAUCAAGAAAUUGACAAAUUAUUACCUUUAAAAUCUAAAAACUUGCCUAAAAAACUCCAAGAAAUUAAAAAAUCGAGCAAAGAAUUAACUUCGGGAGAAAAAACUGCUUAUUACAAAGUUUAUCAUGCUCAAGAGUUUUACUCUGUACUUUUAACUUAUCAUGUAGCAGUUCAUGAUAUCUGGUUAAUGACUUUUGACCCCGCCAGCAUUAAUUUUCGUCUUGAAAAACUUUUGGAAAGCCUUGGGAAAGCCAAAAAUAGUGAAAAAGAAUUACUCUCAAUUAUUAAAGUAUUACAAGAAUUAAUUAAAGGAAUUAACGGCGACAAAGUAAAUAAAGAUGAAUUUUUGAUUCAAAAAAAAGGAGAAAUUAGCACUAUUCUUCAGAAUACCAAGAAAAACAUCAUUACGCAAAUUGAAAAUUCUUCUGAACCAAGCAAAAAUCUCCUGCUAGGAAAAUUAUUGCCACAUUUAAAUUUAACUGAAGCCGAAAAAAAGCAAGUUAAAGGCAAACGUUUGGAAUUUGGUCUAGGAGUUGAUUUUAAUAAGUCAGAUAUUAAGAACUUCCAAACCAUUAACGGGCAAAUUUUAAUUCCUUUUUCAGCUAUUACUGGGAUUGGUGAAAGUUAUGCUCGCCGGAUUAUUGAUUAUCGACAAAAAAAAGGGCAAAUUAACAAUUGA